CUAGCCGGUAGCCGCCAUUAGGGAUCCCUAGCCGCCAUCGCCAGGCUCGCUCAUUCGCUCCACCUCGCGGCCGUCCACCGCCAGGCGCCAGGCUCGCUCCACCGCUCGGCCGUCCACCGCCAGGCGCCCAAGCUCCAGUCUCCACCGCUCGACAGUCCAGGCGUCCACCGCUCUACGACUCGGCAGUCCAGGCGCCCAGGAUCCACCGCUCGGCAGUCCAGGACUCCAGGCCGUCCACCGCCAGGCUCGCUCCACCGCUCGGCCGUCCACCGCCGCGCCCAGGCUCCACCGGGCCACCGCUCGGCAGUCCACCGGUCCACCGCUCUACGGCUCUACGCGACCAGCCGACCACCGGUCCACCGCUUGGCCUCCAGCAGAUCCCGGAAGCACCGACCAGGGUCCACGCUCCACGGCGAGCAGAAGCAGACAGCACAAGCGCACAGCACAGGCGCGCGCACAACAGUGACGGCGAGCAGACAGCACAGGCGCACAGCCUCUGCACAUCCGCGGUCCGCGUCCGACCGUGCAGCCGCGCAGGCCCCGCACCUUUUAACAAGUUCCAGUCGUGGCGCCGAGCCCUACUCCUCCUCCCGCCGCCGCAGACUCUUCCUCGCGACUCGCCGCUCGCCCGACUUUCCGAGCUCCGACACCAAGGAGCACCAUGGGAGAGUCGAGCAAGGAGCUCCUGGACCUGCCCUCCGACCCCAGGCCUCCCGCCUCCUUCAUCGAGUCGCUUCUCGCUGGCAGGGAGCAGCAGCAGCAGGAUAAGGAGGGAAAGCGUAAGUUGGGGGCGUCCACUGAUCCCCUGCCCAAAAGCCAAGUUAUCGGGAAAGUGAAGGAUUUCUUGGGGGAGAUUGCAAGGGCCAACCAGAAGUUGCAGCUUGAUGCACAGAACAAGCCUCCUGUGGAGUACGAUAUUGAAGCCCUUACUGGGAACGAGGAGGAAUACAUUGAGAUGGAUCUGCUUCUAGGUGUCGCUGAUCUUCAUUCAGAGCAGGCUGUGGAGGCAGCUGAAGCAACAAUAAACGGCCGCCAGACUUCAGAAAUGUCAUUUGCUUGCAGCUCAUCUGACUCGGAAGAUGAUAGUGAUGACAGCGAUGAAGAUGCUGAUGACAAACCUCUCACGUCUGACAAAGAUAAUAAAUGUAAAAGUCCUGAUGAUGCGGAGAUGGGUCCAGCGAAAGGAAAGAAGCCCAAUAAAAGACAGAAAAUUGUUGUUCUCAACUAGUACCCUUGUCUUCUGUACACCUAAGAACAAGGGCUGGAGCGCAAGUGGUGAAUGUGUUGGCCUGGUAUUAUCAGAAGUUACGGAGGGACUCUCUCUGUUCUUUUUUAUUUGUCACGGUUUAGUUUAAAAAUGAACGGGCGACAAAUAUUCGAGAAGGGAGGUUGUAUUUUUUUCA